CGCCACUCUUAUUGGGGCUCCCUUAUUUUAAAAUGCUUCGAUCUCUCUAUAAAUGCCAAAGAAACUUGUGUACAAAGAUCAGGAAAACCAGCUUUUUGGUGCAGUUUGUGUCAACUAGCUGUGGCAGCAAUACCCCAGCUGAUGAGAGCAAGUCACUCAUUAAUUUCUGUCACAGGAAGUCACAUGGUUUAUCAAAAGAAACCAUCAUUAGUGAAGCAAAAGUACUCCAAUUAGAAACAUCAACAUGUUCAAAAGUUUCAGCUGUGAUUGAGUUCUUCCAAAACCAUGGGUUUUCUGCAACCCAAGUGAAGAAAAUAAUUAGACAACGCCCUCAUUUGUUAGCAUCUAGGGUGAACAAAACCUUAAAGCCCAAGUUGAAUUUCUUGCAAUCAAUUGGCUUUUCUGAAGAUGAAUGCAGUAAGAUUAUAAGUUGUCAACCCUGCAUACUUUCCAGAAGCAUAAGGAACCAUCUGGCUCCAUCUUUUGAUUUCCUGGAGACUUUCAUGGGUAGUAAAGUGCGAGCACUUGUCGCCAUCAAACAAUUUCCACAAAUCCUUGAUUGUAAUGUCUCUCGUUGGAAGCAGACUAAACAGAUAUUGGGCCAAAUUGGUAUUCCUGAUUCUCAAGUGUCAGAGUUUAUUCAAAAAUCUCCUGUUAUCUUGACUACAAAUCCCCAAAAGAUGAGUGAGGUUGGCUUGAGGCUGAAGGAAAUGGGGUUUGAUGUUACUUCUCCAGCAUUUAGGACAGCUAUUUGCAGAAUGUCUAGAGUUGGUCAUUCCAAAAUGGAAAGGAAAUUUGAAACAUAUAGAAGUUUGGGCUUUUCAGAUGGCGAGAUCCUUAAUAUAUUCAGACUGCAGCCAAUGUGUUUGUUUUAUAGCGAGGAGCAUGUCAGGGCAAUUGUGGCAUUCUAUGUUGAUAGACUCCAUUUGAGCCCGUCACACUUGUCACAAAGGCCGGUCUUUCUAUUGCGUAGCCUGGAGAGGAGGGUCAUUCCGAGGUGUUCUGUCAUGCAAGUUUUGUGGUCGAGAGGCAUUAUCUCGAAAAUGGGCAAACUAUCUUCAAUUCUAAUGAUUAGUGAAAAGGACUUCUUAGAGAAGUAUGUUACUAAAUAUGAAGCAGAAGUUCCUGAGCUGCUAGCUGCCUACCGUGGCGAACUUGUGUUCGAAGAGUACAGUUUUCAUUUGCGUGAAGUUCGUCAGAUUUCAAUGUCGAAGGGUUCAUCUCCAGAAAGUAAAGCAGCUUAGUAUUUGCAGCAUAUGCUGUCCCGUAUCUCUUCAGUUUUCUUGUUUUUUAGCAUCAUUUGCUGUUUCGAAAUGUAUUGCUAUUCCUGCUUCCUUGUUUGCCAUUUGCUGUCAUAGUCUCGGCUUUCUUGUUUUAGCUCAUUAUAAUGUGUUCAUAGAGGUACUAGGAUCCUUUAUUGGUAAGCUUACGAGGGAAAUAAUUCGAAUUUUUUUUCUUCUUCCAAUUGUACUCAAAUCUUGAUUCUUGACA